ACCUUCUCUCCCGAAGCUGGCGCCUAUGACCUUAUCUGGGUGCAGUGGGUCAUAGGCCACCUGACCCUGCCCGCCACCGUGGCCUUCUUUCGUCGCUGUAUAGCGGGACUGCGACCGCCCGUGGCAGAGGAGACGCGUCGCUCUGUAAUCGUCCUCAAGGACAAUGUAAUAGGCGGCGCGCAGUCGGAGUUUGACGAGACUGACAGCAGCUACCUGCGGUCGCAUCAGGAGCUGCUGCAGGUCUUCAAGGAGGCCAGUCUACUUGUGCUUUCUGAUGAAUUACAGACUGAUAUGCCCUGUGGUCUCUAUCCCAUCCGCAUGUUUGUCCUCGUGCCGUCAAAGUAA